AUAUGUGGUGGGACAUGUUCAUCAGGAUGAGUUUUUGUUGGGAACUAGCUCUUCAAUUUUUUAUUCACCAUUCCAUGAACUUGUGAGGAAGUUUUUUCCUUUAUCACUUAUUGCUGCCAUCCGUUUGAUACAACCACUUUUGGCUAUCAUAUUGAGAGAAGAUGCAUACUAUAUCAUUGGAAUUGUGGUGGUUAUCUCUAUUAAUGAGCUGGUGUCUUUGAAGUCUAAGAAACAAGACCUUGAACCUAGAUAAUGGAAUUUGUGAUUUCAAGCCAUCUACUGCAGAGUCCCAUUAGAGAAGCCUUGAGGGUCUUUUCUAAUAUGCAAAAUUCGAAUUGUCGGCAGUCAAAUUCUGAUUCUCACGUGAGUGUUCAUCUAUGUGCACUAAUACAUACUUGGCAAGUUACAGAUGACGAAAAUGAAGCUACUACUGUGGCAAUUGCACUCAACUCUAGUGCUGCAGUGUGUAUUCAAAGUGUUGCAGUGUGUAUUCAGCUCAGCUCAUGUAAGGCUACCUUUGAUACAGAUAUAUAUGUUGCAACUGCACUUAUUGGCAUGUAUUCAAAGUGUGGUCUUUCUCUCAAUUUUCAAGAUAAGGAAAUUGUUACUUACUUUAAGAAGAUGAGGCAACAUGAGAUGCUUCCCACACCAUUCUCUUAUGCUACUUUAUUGAGUUGUUGUGCAGAGCUAGCUUCUUCAUUCCAAGAGAAACAGAUUACUACUUCAUUGAUAUUAAUGAAAAUUUCACUUGCCAAAGUGUUUGAAAUUGAAACUGAUGGUGGGUUUGCACACAAUUUGGAGAAGAUGUGUUUACUUAUUGCUGGACAUGAGUGGGCAGCUGAUGUGAUAUCUUCAUAUUUUUCUCUUCUUAAUGUGGAUGACCUCGCAGAUCAGUUUGUUGCACUUGUUGAUUUAUUGGGUUUGAAAAAAGUACUGAGUUUGGGUGGUGACUUGCAUGAUGAAGUAGGGACAAUUUGGAAGAUAAUUCAGGCUUGAGGUCAAGCCUGUUCUUCGAGCGGGUGGAAAUGUUAUGAUUCUAUACUUUUAUAUGGGCCAUUAUUCUUGUAUGGGCCUAUUUGGACUUUAUGUUUCGAGAGUCCA